AUGGGAACGCCCAGCAAACGGAAUGGAGAGUUUUUUUUUAUCUCCAUAGAAAACCUCACAGCCUCGCUUUUUGAGGGUCGUCAUCAAUACACGAUCAAUUCCCGGUUGAAGGUUGACUACGAGCUUCCGCUGUCUCAGAAGGAGAAGACUUUGCGACAUGCCUGGAAACAGCUUAGAUAUCUGCAACCGCAGGUCACAGCAACAGUUGAGGGUGUGAAAAAGAUCUAUGAGAUUCCCGACAAUUUGGCUCUAGAAAGCUGGCUCGAGAAAACAUUUAUCAUUUCCAAUGCCGGCGAUGCUGAAGAAUUGAGUCGCGAUGUAUCUCCUAUUCUCCAGGCAACUCUCUACUAUCUGCCCCGAUCAUCCGAGCUCGUAAUCCGAGCUCCUCAUUCAGUCAUUGAUGCCUUGGGGAUGAUAAUGCUGUGGUAUAGUUACCUCACUGCCCUGACUUCUCCGUGCGAAAUAACAUUUGGCGACGAAGUGACUCGCCUGCCCGACUCGCUGGAGACCCUACUUGGCCACCCUGAGCCGCCUCGGACAGAAAUGAUGGCCAGGGCACAGGAAAUAAUCAAUACUUUCGUCACAACGCCAGGCGUUGGGCCUAAGAAUGAGGUGGGCAAGGUGCUACCCGGUCCUACCCAAAGGCGCGAGCUGGCAUUUUCUGUGGACUCCACGCAAGCUAUCAUUCAAGCCUGCAAGAACAAUGGGUAUAGUGUCACUGCUGCCGUCCAUGCAGUCUUCAUUCAAACGCUCGUGAAACACGCAUAUCCUGCCGGUGAUCAGUCCAAAUAUGUCACUGCAACCAAUUACAACCUCCGCGAUAUUCUACCCGAACCUUACAGCUCGAGCGACUAUGCUGCCGCCUUGUUUUACACGCCUUGGACCUUCAGCCUUGAUCCGCCAGAGACUUUCAGUGAGACGGACCCAGAAGUUCUCGCUGGCCCGGUUCCUCGCGAUGCUCAGGUCAGCAGUCUGGGAGUUCUUGAGCGUCAUAUACAGCACUCGUAUGGUGCUGGUGAUGGCAAUGUUGUCAUCCGUGAUUUCAAAUUCGGCAUCGAGGUCGUGGUAGGCUAUAGCAUGUUUUUCUUCACCUUCCGGGACCAACUUCGAUUAAUCUAUAGCUUCAAUGAGGCAUCUGGUGACCCUGAAAAUAUUCAGACUUAUCUUGAGGAUAUGCAAAACACCUUGGAAGAUAAGUUACGGGCGCAGUAG